CAGGGCUGUGGCGUAACCAGGACCGCAGACGUCAAACGAGUCGAAGUGAAACCGGCUGAAAGGGUGCACACUUGGCGCUAGCUCGCUGGGCUGCAAAAAAGAAAAAAAAAAGCCGGACCAAGAUCAGUGGGACAGCGCUGGCAGUCGAGAGGGCCCGGCUGUGGGUGAACCCUCCGGUGUGAAGACACACAGACAGACACAUAGACAGACACACAGACAGACAGACAGACAUGCAGCCCCUGCUUCCCCUACCAACGACAACAUGCUGUGAAGAACCGUCUCCAGUCAGGACUCUGGGUCGGCUUCAGGGGUGACCGUCAAGUCGUCCUCCCACCUCCCUCACGCACCCUACCCCUCCUCUCUGUCCUUUCUGCCUUUCACUGCCUCCCCCAAAUAUGUCCUCGUCUCCAGUGAAUCCCACGUCUUUUCCCGCCCUGGUCUCAAAAUCCUCCGUACCUCCACCUGCUCGGCUAAGCUCCGCCGUCCCCACCAUGCCCCUCUCUCCUCAGGGCCCCCGUUCUCCCUCCAAACGCCCCCCCACUCCCCGCUCCCCCUGCCUCCUCGCCCGCUCCUCGGCCCCCUUCACCGCCCGCUCUCUGUCUCCCGUCGCUGACCCCCCCUCGCCCCCCCUCGCUGACCGGGUUCCACCCCUCGCCUCCGCUCCUUCCUGUUAUCCCUUCCCUCAGCCCUCCCCUCCAGCGAUCAGCACUCUGGAGAAGCUGAUUAAGACCUGCCCUGUGUGGCUACAGCUGGGCAUGUCGCAGGAGAGAGCCUCCCUCAUCCUGCACAACGAGAGCCCUGGGAUCUUCUUAGUAAGAAAGAACAUGGCCCUGAGGAUGAUGAUCCUGUCAGUACGGCUAUCUGACCAGCAGGGGGCACCGAUGGUCCAGGAAAUACUCAUCAAAGAGGAGAAAUCAUUGAUACAUCUGGAGGGCUCCGUCCUGGUCUUUGACAAUAUCUUCAAGCUCAUCGCUUUCUACUGCGUUAGCCGAGACAUCCUCUCAUUUACACUGAGAUUGCCGCAGGUGAUUGUCCAGGCAUCCAAAUACGAAGACAUGGACAUCAUCUCCAGCCUGGGUUCAAAUUUUUGGGGCUCCGCCCUGAACGCGCGUUCAGAGGACCGCCACGGCGCCGUCCCAGCCGGCGAGACCGAGGCCGGCGACGGGGGCGCCAGGUUGUGGUACGUCAACCCGAUCCUCAUGGAGGAGUAUUUCAAAGGCCUGGCGAGCACGGCCGCCCAGCCCAAGUCCCGGAGCCAGAGCCUGAGCACGCCCUGCCAGUCCCAGUCACACCCCCCGGGGAAUCCCGCGUCGAGGGGCAGGAGGGCGGGCGAGGCCGGAACCCCGACGGAGACGGACGGAAGUGGGCUGAAAGGGGAAGGAGUCGACAUUUUUCCUGCGUCAGAGAAGCCGCACGACGCGCAGGGAGUCAGCCUGGGAGCCUUCCCUCCACCGGAGCCUGCGGUGAGCAUUUCAGAGUCGGCCAGUCUGUCUCUGUCCCAGAGUCCUCUGGGGGAGAAGCAGCAGGAGACGGCCGCCAUGAUGUCAGCCCCCCGGUCGGGGAAGGGGCCGCCGGUGGCGCCUGCAGAGACCCGCAGAGAGAAAGAGUCCCGGGUAGAGAAGCGUGCCUCAGGGGCGGCAGGCUUGGUCCCCAAGAAGACACCUCCCCCAGUACCCCCACCUCGGAAGAAGAAAGCCUCCCUGGCAGCCCCCGCCCCGCCUAAGACCCAGAAGGUCCUGAAUCAGGCCGGCGCCGAGGCCCGCCCUCCCACGGCCACGCCCUCCGCGCCCGCCUCCGACUCCGCCUCCACCUCCACCUCCUCCGAAAACCUGAAGGGCUCCGACACGUCGCUGCACUCCCCCGAGUGCGGGGCCCUGGGCCUCAGCCUGGACUCCUGCUCCAACAGCAGCACGGAGGAGGAGGCGGAGCUGCACUGCGUGACCACGCCCACCAUGAGGCGGAACCCCACCGUCAUCCUGGACCGGGCCAAACAGAGGCUCUCCAUGGUGACCCUGCCGCAAGUGUUCAGCAGGUUCAUGAAGGCCGACUGGAAGCUGCAGAAGCGCAUCGUGGAGCUGGCGCGGGACCGGGACUCCUACUUCGGCAACCUGGUGCGGGACUACCAGACCUUCACCAUGGAGACCAUGACCAAGCACAGCUCCAGCACCGAGAUGCUGCAGGAGAUUCGGCAGAUGCUGACCCAGCUCAAGAGCUACCUGAUCCAGAGCACCGAGCUGCACGCCCUGCAGGAGGCCGCACCCUAUUCCGAGGAGAAGCUCGAAACCGUUGCAGAGACGGCCCUGUACAAGGGCGUGCUGAAGCCAAUCCGGGAGUCGGUGUACUCGGUCCUGCGGGACAUCCACACUCGGGACGACUCCCUGCAGAGGCUGAAGGAGAACCAGCAGGUGGUGCUCAACACCACCACCACCGACCUGGGCAUCACCACCAGCGUGCCGGAGGCGCCCGUCAUGGAGAAGAUCCACCAGAAGCUGGAGAUGCUGCACAGGAAGUACUCCCCCAAGGAGAAGAUCUCCCUCCUGCUCAAGACCUGCAAGAUCAUCUACGAGUCCAUGUCCGUGGGCUCCCCCAGGAAGGCUCAUGGUGCGGAUGACUUCCUGCCAGUGCUGAUGUAUGUGCUGGUACGCUGUAACAUUGCCGCUCUGCUGUUGGAUGUGGAGUACAUGAUGGAGCUCAUGGACCCUGCACUUCAGCUGGGAGAAGGUUCCUACUACCUGACAACUACGUACGGGGCGCUGGAGCACAUCAAGAGCUAUGACAGGCAGCCGCCGAACCGGCAGCUGACCCUGGAGAUCCAGGACUCCAUCCAUCGCUGGGAGCGACGGCUCACGCACAACAAGGCCCGCCUCUCCCGCUCGUCCGUGCAGGACUUCAUCAACGUGUCCUUCCCAGAUGCCGGGGCUGACCCCAAGACCCUGUGCGUGUGCCCCAACACCACGGUGCGGGACCUGUGCGAGCAGUGCGCGGGUAAGUUUGAGGUGGCGGACCCGGAGUCACACGGACUGUGGGUCCUGGUGGACAGCCAAGCCCGGCAGUUGGGCCCGGAUGAGCUCCCCCUGUCCGUCAAGUCCGACCUGCACUACGCCGAGCCCCGCAGGGAGUACCGCUUCGUCUACCGGCCGGGGGGCUGGCCGGAGCAGGCCGACCUCCACGACCUCCACGACCUCCACGACCCCCGAGACUCCGCCCACCCCGAGACAGCCUGAUACGCGGAGCGGGACCGAAACCCUGCGGCGUGGAUGAGAGUCGGUUAGCACAGUGUUUAUGUUGAGGGAAGAACAGGGACAAACCUCUGCCUACCCCUGUGCUCGGUGCUGCCCCCCUUUGGACAGAGGCAGGCAUGUAAAAACCUGACCCCAAUUCUUUUUGUGUCUACCAAGGUUUCACAUGGAACAUUGAGAACAUUCAUGUUUUAAAUAUUUACUUUGAAAAACUGUGGCCAAUAUUUGUGUGUUCCCUACUCACCCACCUGCAUUCACACAUGAAUUCCUGUCUCCCUCCUCAUUCCCUUCUAUUUCUUUUCAAUUUUUUUUAUUUUUUACAUUUUGAAAAUUUUAUUUAUUAUUAUUUGCUGACAGUCCACGGGCAGUGAGGCAACUCCGUUGCUAUUUUGGCAUUGCUUUCUUGCAUACAGUGGUACGUCAAAGGGAGCAGAAGCCUUGUCAACAAGAUUUGUCCCACCCUGUUAUGAACUUCAUGUCCCUAAAGCAUCUUAAAAUAAACGUCACGCGUUGACAUUUUAAUCAGA